GGCGCGCGCUCCAGGCCGAGGGUGUGUGGGCUGGGGAGGGAGCCAGGCGGCGGAGGCGGCGGCGGCGCCCCAGACCCGAGGGGACGCGCGGGCCUUGCGCCGCGGGAGCGGACGGCGGCGGAGGAGACCCUAAGCUCGCGGCCUGAGGCGGGAGGGCUCGGCUUCUCGACUGCCCGCCUCCGAGGCCGCCGGCCGCUUCUCUCUCCCGGAGUGGCCGCCGCCCCUGGAGACUCGCCGUGACACGGGCCUAAGCCGCCGCCGCGGGCGUCCUGACCGCUCGGACCUGUCGGACCAGGCCGGGUGGGAGCGAGCUUGCGGGCAGGUGCCGCUCCCGGAGGGUGGGCCGGAGGCGAGGCGCCCACCGCGCGGCUCGCGGGCCGGGCUUGGCAAAGGGGCCGCUCGCGCAGCACCCCCACCGCGGGCCGGAGCCCGGGUCGCCGCCCCGCCUUCUCCCGGGACCGCCGGGCCGGAGCUGCGGGGGCCGAGGGACGCCGCGCCCGCCGCCGCCAGCCGGGCUCGCGCGGGAGAGCAGGGAAGAGAAACUUUGCCUUUUAUUGUUUUUAGUCCUUAAGUGCAAGGAACUCUGUGUUGGGAGGAAAAAUGUCCUUCUUCAAUUUCCGUAAGAUCUUCAAGUUGGGGAGCGAGAAGAAGAAGAAGCAGUACGAACACGUGAAGAGGGACCUGAACCCCGAAGACUUUUGGGAGAUUAUAGGAGAACUGGGCGACGGAGCCUUUGGGAAAGUGUACAAGGCCCAGAAUAAAGAGACCAGUGUUUUAGCUGCUGCAAAAGUGAUUGACACUAAAUCUGAAGAAGAACUUGAAGAUUACAUGGUAGAGAUUGAUAUAUUAGCAUCUUGUGAUCACCCAAAUAUAGUCAAGCUUCUAGAUGCCUUCUAUUAUGAGAACAAUCUUUGGAUCCUCAUUGAAUUUUGUGCAGGUGGAGCAGUAGAUGCUGUGAUGCUUGAACUUGAGAGACCAUUAACUGAGUCCCAAAUACAAGUAGUUUGCAAGCAGACUUUAGAUGCAUUGAACUACUUACAUGAUAAUAAGAUCAUCCACAGAGAUCUAAAGGCUGGCAACAUUCUCUUUACCUUAGAUGGAGAUAUCAAAUUGGCGGAUUUUGGAGUAUCAGCUAAAAAUACGAGGACAAUUCAAAGAAGAGAUUCCUUUAUUGGUACACCAUAUUGGAUGGCUCCUGAAGUAGUCAUGUGUGAAACAUCUAAGGACAGACCUUAUGACUACAAAGCUGAUGUUUGGUCCCUGGGUAUCACUUUAAUAGAAAUGGCUGAGAUAGAACCACCUCAUCAUGAAUUAAAUCCAAUGCGAGUGCUGCUAAAAAUAGCAAAAUCUGAGCCACCUACAUUAGCACAGCCAUCAAGAUGGUCUUCAAAUUUUAAGGACUUUCUAAAGAAAUGCUUAGAAAAGAAUGUGGAUGCCAGGUGGACUACAUCUCAGCUACUGCAGCAUCCCUUUGUUACUAUUGAUUCCAACAAACCCAUCCGAGAAUUGAUUGCAGAGGCAAAGGCUGAAGUAACAGAAGAAGUUGAAGAUGGCAAAGAGGAAGAUGAAGAGGAGGAAACAGAAAAUUCUCUGCCAAUACCUGCAAGUAAGCGUGCAUCUUCUGACCUUAGUAUCGCCAGCUCUGAAGAAGAUAAACUUUCACAAAAUGCUUGUAUUUUGGAAUCUGUCUCAGAAAAAACAGAACGUAGUAACUCUGAAGAUAAACUCAACAGCAAAAUUCUUAAUGAAAAGCCCACCACUGAUGAACCUGAAAAGGCUGUGGAGGAUAUUAAUGAACAUAUUACCGAUGCUCAGUUAGAAGCAGUGACUGAACUCCAUGACAGAACAGCAGUAAUCAAGGAGAAUGAGAGAGAGGAGAAGAGGCCCAAGCUUGAAAAUCUGCCUGACACAGAAGACCAAGAAACUGUGGACAUUAAUUCAGUCAGUGAAGGAAAAGAGAAUAAUAUAAUGAUAACCUUAGAAACAAAUAUUGAACAUAAUCUAAAAUCUGAGGAAGAAAAGGAUCAGGAAAAGCAACAGAUGUUUGAAAAUAAGCUUAUAAAAUCUGAAGAAAUUAAAGAUACUAUUUUGCAAACAGUAGAUUUAGUUUCUCAAGAGACUGGAGAAAAAGAGGCAAAUAUUCAGGCAGUUGAUAAUGAAGUUGGGCUUAGAAAGGAAGACACCCAAGAGAAAUUGGGGGAAGACGACAAAACUCAAAAAGAUGCGAUCAGCAAUACAAGUGAUGUGAUAGGAACAUACAAGGCAGCAGAUGUGGCUCAGAAAGCGGAUGAAGACAGUGCUGAGGAUACGCAGAGUAAUGAUGGGAAAGAAGUGGUUGAAGUAGGCCAGAAAUUAAUUAAUAAGCCCAUGGUGGGUCCUGAGGCUGGUGGUACUAAGGAAGUUCCUAUUAAAGAAAUAGUUGAAAUGAGUGAAAUAGAAGAAGGUAAAAAUAAGGAACAAGUAAUAAACAGUUCAGAGAACAUAAUGGAUAUCAAUGAGGAACCAGGAACAACUGAAGUUGAAGAAAUCACUGAGUCAAGUAGCACUGAAGAAAUGGAGGUCAGAAGUGUGGUGGCUGAUACUGACCAAAAGGCUUUAGGAAGUGAAGUUCAGGAUGCUUCUAAAGUCACUGCUCAGACAGAUAAAGAGAAAAAAGAAAUUCCGGUGUCGAUUAAAAAAGAGCCUCAAGUUAAUGCAGUUUCACAGCCCACUGAACCUCAGCCUGUUCUAAUACCCAGUAUUAAUAUCAACUCUGACAGUGGAGAAAAUAAAGAAGAAAUAGGUUCUUUAUCAAAAACUGAAACUAUUCUGCCACCAGAAUCUGAGAAUCCAAAGGAAAAUGAUAAUGAUUCAGGCACUGGUUCCACUGCUGAUACUAGCAGUAUUGACUUGAAUUUAUCCAUCUCUAGCUUUCUAAGUAAAACUAAAGACAGUGGAUCGAUAUCUUUACAAGAAACAAGAAGACAAAAGAAAACAUUGAAGAAAACACGCAAAUUUAUUGUUGAUGGUGUAGAAGUGAGUGUAACAACAUCAAAGAUAGUUACAGAUAGUGAUUCCAAAACUGAAGAAUUGAGGUUUCUUAGACGUCAGGAACUUCGGGAAUUAAGAUUUCUUCAGAAAGAAGAGCAAAGAGCCCAACAACAGCUCAAUAGCAAACUACAGCAACAACGAGAACAAAUUUUCCGGCGCUUUGAGCAGGAAAUGAUGAGUAAAAAGCGACAGUAUGACCAGGAAAUUGAGAAUCUAGAAAAACAGCAGAAACAGACUAUCGAACGCCUGGAACAAGAGCACACAAAUCGCUUGCGAGAUGAAGCCAAACGCAUUAAAGGAGAACAAGAGAAAGAGUUGUCCAAAUUUCAGAAUAUGCUGAAGAACCGAAAGAAGGAGGUUAUAAAUGAAGUGGAGAAAGCACCCAAAGAGCUGAGAAAAGAGCUCAUGAAACGCAGGAAAGAGGAGCUUGCACAAAGCCAGCAUGCUCAGGAGCAAGAGUUUGUUCAGAAACAACAGCAAGAAUUAGAUGGCUCUCUGAAAAAGAUCAUCCAGCAGCAGAAGGCAGAGUUAGCUAAUAUUGAGAGAGAGUGCCUGAAUAACAAGCAACAGCUCAUGAGAGCUCGAGAAGCUGCAAUUUGGGAGCUCGAAGAACGACACUUACAAGAAAAACACCAGCUGCUCAAACAGCAGCUUAAAGAUCAGUAUUUCAUGCAAAGACAUCAGCUACUUAAGCGCCACGAGAAGGAAACAGAGCAAAUGCAGCGUUACAAUCAAAGACUUAUUGAGGAAUUGAAAAACAGACAGACUCAAGAAAGGGCAAGACUGCCCAAGAUUCAGCGCAGCGUAGCCAAGACUCGAAUGGCUAUGUUUAAGAAAAGUCUGAGAAUUAACUCAACAGCCACACCAGAUCAGGACCGUGAUAAAAUUAAACAGUUUGCUGCACAAGAAGAAAAGAGGCAGAAAAAUGAGAGAAUGGCUCAGCAUCAGAAACAUGAGAAUCAAAUGCGGGAUCUUCAGUUGCAGUGUGAAGCCAAUGUCCGCGAACUGCAUCAGCUGCAGAAUGAAAAAUGCCACUUGUUGGUUGAGCAUGAGACUCAGAAACUGAAGGAGUUAGAUGAGGAACAUAGCCAAGAAUUAAAGGAGUGGAGAGAGAAAUUGAGACCUAGGAAAAAGACACUGGAAGAAGAGUUUGCCAGGAAACUACAGGAACAGGAAGUAUUCUUUAAAAUGACUGGGGAGUCUGAAUGCCUUAACCCAUCAACACAGAGCCGGAUUUCCAAAUUUUAUCCUAUUCCCAGCUUGCAUUCCACCGGAUCAUAACACUGGGAAGCAUUCUGUGCGUGGGUUUGGCUCUUUCAGUAUGUCAUUCUGUUCUCAUCUUCUGCCACAGUCUGUCAGAUAGCUCACGAAGACAAUCACCUGCCUCACCUUCUAGGUGUUUUCUUUUUUUGUUUUUGUUUUGUUUUGUUUUGUUUUUAAGCAAAGAUGAAGGGAAAACGAACUAAGACAGAUGCUAGGCCGUGUUGGCAAAGUAGCAUCUUGGUGACUAAGGUGACUGUGUAUAUGCAUCUUAAAAAUUAUGUUCUUAUAGACACUGCUACCUGAAAACUGUUGGAGAAAUAAUGUUUAAAGUUAUUUAAGAAAAACUGUUACAUCACUAAGUAUUAAUAAAUUCUUCUUACCUGACGUAACUUCUCAAUGAUGCCUAAAUUCUGUAGUUGAAGCUCUGCUGUAGAGAGUUGGGAUUAUUUUCUUUUGGUGGAUCAGCUCUCAUAAAAAAGCUAUGAUUUGCUCAAAUAUGCUAUUGACUCAGUAAAUGAAUAUAUUUUUUUCUUUAAAUAGGAACAACCUCUUUUU